UCGGGAGACAUGCGCGCAUCCUUCACUCGGAAAGCUCCGUGUUUUUGAUCAGAUCUUCCUUACAACUGGUUUUGAGUGGAUUAGACAGGGGUGAUGUGAUGUGAUAUGAUGAGAUGUGAGAUGGUUUGGUGUGAUGUGAUGUGAUGUUCAGGAUUUCUGCUUGAGAUCUGAUCCAGCUUUCAGCACUUGGCUUGUUGCUGAACGUUGCGAGGCAUGAAGAGGAGAGACAAGCUGAAAAUCCCCUCUCUCACUUUGGAUUUGUCACCCAACCAGAGCCCAAUCACCCCGAGCCCCUGCAGCCCCUGCAGCCCCUGCAGCCCUUUACAAACCCUUCAUCCGUGGAGUUGCCGCAGCAGCAGGAAGAACCUCGGGGUCGGGACGCCUUCGCCGACGCGCCCGCUUUCACCCCUGUCGGUCCACACAGCUGCGAGCAGUCCUUUAGACAGUCCGAGAAAUGUCUCAGCCAUCGCCUCCCUCAACUUCCCGUUCGCCCGCAGCCACCUGGCUCGAACUGACAGGGCGGAGGGUAGAAGGUGGUCACUGGCCUCACUUCCAUCAUCUGGCUAUGGCACCAAUCCACCUAGUUCCACUGUCUCUUCCUCCUCCUCUUCCCAAGAACGCUUACACCAGCUUCCAUACCAGCCCACCCAAGACGAGCUCCACUUCCUGUUCAGACACUUCCGUAGCUCGGAGAGUAUGACCGACGAUGAUGGCCGAAGCUCGUCGUUUAUACGCCCGCGUUCCCGUAGUCUCAGCCCCGGACGCACAAGCAGCUCGUUCGACAGCGAAACUGUGAUGAUGAAUCAUGUUUACAAGGAGAGGUUUCCAAAGGCCACGGCGCAGAUGGAGGAGCGCUUGCUGGACAUCAUCACGCACUGUUCUGCCGACACCACUUUACCUCUGGGAGACGGAGUACUGGGUUUCAUCCAGCACCAGCUGGUGGAGCUCGCAAGGGACUGUCUGGACAAGUCACAGAAAGACCUGAUCACCUCCCUGUACUUUCUAGAGCUGCAGGAGAAUCUCGACAAGCUGCUGCAUGAGGCGCUGGAGCGGUCCGAGAGUGAGGAGGUCACCAUCAUCACCCAGCUAGUAAAGAAGAUUCUCAUCAUCAUCUCACGCCCUGCAAGGCUACUGGAAUGUUUGGAGUUCGACCCUGAAGGCUUCUAUCACCUGCUGGAGGCAGCAGAGGGUCAUGCUAAAGUUGGCCAAGGCAUCAAAACAGACAUUCCUCGUUACAUCAUCAAUCAGCUGGGUCUAAACCGAAUUCCCUUAGAUGAAGUAAAUCAGUUUGAGGAAAACUAUGACUCUGGGCCGUCCCUUAACGUGGAAACGGAGGAAUCUGAUCCGAAUAAGUCAGUGCUCACCCCACCUCGAAGGAAACCACUGGAGAGUGACUUUGAAACCAUAAAGCUGAUCAGUAACGGAGCAUACGGAGCUGUGUACCUGGUGAGGCACAAAGAAACUCGCCAGCGAUUUGCCAUGAAAAAGAUCAACCGGCAGAACCUGAUCCUGAGGAACCAGAUCCAGCAGGUGUUUGUCGAGCGGGACAUCCUGACGUUUGCAGAGAACCCUUUUGUCGUCAGUAUGUUCUGCUCAUUCGAGACCCGUAGGCACCUCUGCAUGGUCAUGGAGUAUGUGGAAGGCGGUGACUGUGCGAAUCUGCUCAAGAACAUGGGCCCGCUGCCAGUCGACAUGACCCGACUGUACUUCGCCGAGACCGUGCUAGCUUUGGAAUACCUUCACAGCUACGGCAUCGUACACAGAGACCUGAAACCUGACAACCUUCUGAUCACAUCAAUGGGACACAUCAAGCUGACCGAUUUCGGUCUCUCCAAGAUCGGUCUGAUGAACAUGACGACAAAUCUGUACGAAGGCCAUAUCGAGAAAGACACCAGAGAGUUCAUCGACAAACAGGUCCUUGGCACGCCCGAGUACAUUGCGCCGGAGGUUAUUCUACGACAGGGUUAUGGAAAGCCUGUAGACUGGUGGGCCAUGGGAAUCAUACUUUACGAGUUUCUGCUGGGCUGUGUGCCGUUUUUUGGCGAUACACCAGAAGAACUUUUCGGGCAAGUUGUCAGUGAUGUCAUCAUCUGGCCAGAUGGGGACGAUGCUUUGCCGGUGGAUGCUCAGGACUUGAUAACACGUUUACUGAGACAAAGUCCGAUUGAGAGACUCGGGACGGGUGGAGCAUCAGAGGUGAAACAGCACACAUUCUUCACCACUCUGGAUUGGAACAGCCUGCUUCGCCAAAAAGCCGAGUUUAUUCCUCAGUUAGAAGGAGACGAUGACACUAGUUACUUUGAUACUCGGUCCGAUCGCUAUGAUCAUUUGGUUUCUGACGAAGACGAUGAAACAAACGAUGAUGAGUCUUCCCUCGAAAUCCGGCGUUUUUCCUCCUGGUCGAAUCGUUUCAGCAAGGUAUACAGCAGCACAGAAUAUCUGGCCACACCGUCCAAUCUGAGUUUCUCAUCUGACCGAAGUCACAGUGAAGAGCACGAGGAACGUUCGGAUGGACGAGAGAGCCACUCGCCCGGAGAGAUGCUCAGACAGAGCAGCACAGGAGCUCCGGAGAACAGGAGGCUCUCAGGGCAGAGACCAUGCCUGAGACCGAGAGCCUCGUCAAGCUCCUCCCAGCCGGACAGGUGUGUAAGCCCCCUGGUGGCGAGCAGCACACACAGCCUGGAAGCCAUGCCCCGUGUUGCUCUCUCGACGGAUGAUGAAGCUGAGGUGGUUGUAUCUAACCUGAGAAGAAUCCGGCUGCGUAGCAACAGUACAGGAACAAAGCACUCGUCUCCAAGGGAACACGGCAGCCCGCAAUGUUUUGGCAACCAGCUCGAAACCCCUGACAGACAGCAUUUCUCUCCAGGGGGCAAAGUGCCAAAAUCUGCCUCUGUGUCUACCUUGUCCCUUAUCAUUACUCCAGAUGACAUGAGUGGUGGUCUCCAACCCAGCCCCAUCUCCCCACGUUCCAUUUCUUCCAACCCUUCAUCCCGAGAUUCCUCACCAAAUCGAGACUUGUCCCUGAGCAUCAGCUGCUUGCGACCUCCCAUCUUUAUCCACAGCUCGGGCAAGAAGUACGGCUUCACCCUGCAGACCAUCCGCGUCUACAUCGGAUCUAGUGACGUAUACACCAUCCAUCACAUGGUCUCGAGUGUGGAGGAAGGUAGUCCAGCUCACGAGGCUGGUCUGAGAGCAGGAGAUCUGAUCACUCAUGUGAAUGGAGAGUCAGUGCAGGGGCUGGUGCACACUGAGAUGAUUGAGCUGCUGCUUAAGAGCGGUAACAAGGUGGCUUUGCAGACCAUCGCCCUGGAGGACACAACCAUUAAAAUCGGUCCGGCGCGGAAAACGAGCUACAAGGGCAAGAUGGCACGUCGCAGCAAGAGGAGCAGAAGGAAGGACAACCAGGACCGACGGCGAAGCGUCCUGAAGAAGCUGUCUAAACAGAGCACUGUAAUGCACAGCAGUCGCAGCUUCUCAUCUGGCCUCCAUCACUCGGUUUCCUCCAGCGAGAGCUUGCCGGGGUCUCCCACACACAGCCUGUCCCCCGGACCUUCCACACCGUGCCGUAGCCCAGUUCCAGACCACGCCACUGAUAUAAACCUCCCCCAAAGUGGAUCUCCAUGCUCCAGCUCACCAAGUUCUCCAGCUGUCCAAAUGCGACCCAGCUCACUACAUGGCCUGGGGUCCAAACUGGGCGCUCAGCGCUACGCUAAAGUCGGCCGACGCAAGUCAACCAGCAGCAUCCCUCCAUCACCGUUAGCCUGCACCUCCUCCCCCCAGGCCCUGUCUCCUCAGCACUCGCCUUCUCCCUUACCCAGCAUUACGAAGACCCUUCAUUCCUUCCAUGGUAAAACACUGUCCCCGCCUACUAUCGUCCGUCAUGGGGUUCGACCGCGCAGCACCGAGAUUCCCGUCUCACCCCUGCUCAAGAGAGUCCAGUCGGCUGAAAAGCUCUCCGGUGUCUUCCAUGGAGAAAAAAAGGCCCACGGUCCACGACGGCACACUUUAGAGGUCCCUCACUGUGAGUUGGACAUGGGUGGGGACGCAGAGGUGGAGUCUCAGUAUGGCUCGGACCACGGCAGGCUCGGGGCUUUCUCUGCCGGACAGAUUGUCGUGAUGCGAAAGCUCAAUCUGUCCGAACGCCGCGACUCCUUCAAAAAGCAGGAAGCCGUGCAGGAAGUGAGUUUCGACGAGCCGGACGAAAGAACCGUACAGACUCCUGCAGCAUCGAGCACGCCGUCUGAUGCUUGGCCCAAGCGCAAAGCUGAGUGGGUGGUGCCAGACUCGCAGCCCAGGGAGGAGUGUGUGGUCAGGAGGGUUCCUCUGGUCCCUCAGAUCGCUGUUCAGGGCUCAGAAAGCGAAGAGCUGGAGGACUGGCAGCCAUGUUCUGAUGAGGAGGAGAAAAACACAAGUGGGAGUUUGGACUCGCACCCAGAAGACAAGGGAACACCAGAGAGCUCGUGUUCCACCGGCGUUCCAUCAGACGGAUCAUCGGUGGAGUCUAAAAGCAAAGGUCACGGUACCGAUACGGAAGAAACCUCAAGUCCAAGGAAGGCGAAACUCCGAGGCAAAUGACUCGCCCAACGUCAAAGUCACUUUUCAUACUCCGGUUGAAGUUCUGCACACCUCCUGCACUCUCGGCGCUCCUGACGAACGCGUCCGUGUCCGAGCGAUUGGGUUGGAAUGCCACUCAGUGUCUUUAAAAUUCAAUUUAAAAAUGAAGUAAGCUAGAUUUUUACAGGGGGAAUAUUUCUAAUUUUUUAACGCGUGAUAGAAUUGUGACGAUGGUGAAAAACUAAACCUGACUGUAACCAGCAGGGGAUUUUUCCCAACCAUCGAACGGAGACGAGAAUUUUAUGAAAAUGUAUUUUCAGAUUGCAGAAUGUUUGUGUGUCGAGCGUAGCUACCGUGGCGAAUAACCACGAAGACGUGAUGAGGUACGAGAACAAGAGCGGUGUCUUGUUUUAAAGCGAGGGCUAUAACGUGCUGUAACGUGCUUUUUAGUUGGUCAUGGUUUUCAACUUGUCAGUAUUUUUGGCGUAUCGAACUCCUUUGGUUCAGUUCUCACAGCUUCAUACACAAAUCUGAGUUCGGUUUGGGUUUUGUUCUUUUAGUGUUAGUUUGUGUGAUCACUGCAGCGUCUAACCUCACUUUGGAUACGUAGGCUAUGGGAAUUUCAGCUCAGGGCUUCUGGCUGGAGAAAUUUCACAGGUGUGGAUUUGAGGUCCAUUUUUUUUUUUCUCUUUGUGUACAUUUUGCUUGAUAUUGUGGCGCCUCAGAGAAACACGACCCCUGAGUAGUAGUGGAGACUGUUUUUAACUUUGUGACCUGGUUUUAUGUUCAUGAAUCUGAUUUUCUACUGUAUAGCUCGUUUUUUUUUUUUUUUUGGGAAACUAUGCUAACUGGAAAACUGCGGCGCGUUUCCACAGGCAAACUUGAAUGGGUUUUCUCUCAUUUCAGCUGCACUUCCAGGAGGAACCUCCAACCUUUUUUUUUUUUCUCCCCAAAACGAAAAAAGAAGAGCUUUCAACAAGCUUUAAAGCUUUGAUGCGAAUUAAUUUCGCUCUUAUUUACGACGUCACGUCAAAUCGGUUCACAGGACGUCUUUUUUUCCCCUAAACGGACUGUUUGCUUGUUACGCAUGUGAUUUUUAACGUGGUUUCGAAUCCACAUUGUUUUUCAUGUAUGUUUUCCGUCGCUCGUUUAUCUAACUACCUAUUGUAUAGGGAGAAUGUUUACAUUAUUUUCCAUUGACCGGAGGGUUUUUUUCCGUUAUUUUAAUCAAACUAAUGUGUCUUAACUCGAGCCCUUAGCAGUGGAAUUUCCUAAACAUAUAAAAUGCAAAAAAAACAAAACAAAAGGCUUCCACUUAACUCUGAUCUGUUGAACAAUCUCAUCUCCCCAAAUCUCUUUUAAGAUGUAGGUUUUCCCCCGAAAAAAAUAUACAAGGUACCGAAUGACUUCAUUUUUUCCUGUAAAGUCCCACAGUGAUUACCGUUAAUGAUUUCAGCUGCUUAUGGAUGGAGGAGGUCUUUUAUUUUAAUAAAGAAAAAAGAAACCCUCCUGUUGAUUGGAGCGUCUUGAAGUGCGUAACUGCAUCCUUGCUACUCUCUUGGUGCUACUUGAACCUGUAACGCAUUCCAUGUUUGACGGUAAAUUGAUGUCGGGUUUAUUUUCGAGACCCUGAAAUAACUGCAUGCUGCAUGUACUUUAUCGUGAGCACACAACAAACGCUCGCAUGGUGUUCGGUGCAAUACGUGUCUCCUGAUGCAUCCAAGCCUGGGAUUUUUCUUUCCUUUUUUAACGUAAAUUUGGCGGUGAUUCAGUCAAAAGUCUUUUGUUGGAUUAAUAAUUAUAAUGAACACUUACUCUAUAUUGUGAUUUGGAAAAUGAUUUGUUCUUUCCUGACUAGUGGUGUAGCACCUGAACCUCCUUAAUUAACCCCGAGCUCGGUUGCUUCUGCUUUCUGUUGAUUGUGUCCACAUCUGCUCCAGAAGAACUGGAAGUCCGGGUUUGUAUAUUUAUAUGCAAUAGUGAUGUUCUUCUUCCUUCAUUUUUUCACAUCCGCGAGGAUCGUAGUGUUUAUUUGUUGUUUUUUUGGGUCUGUGCUGACUGUAAAAAUACUUUUAUAUCUAUUUUUUGUAAUGUUGUUAUACUUGUUGGCCAGCCCAGUCGAUGCUUUGUAUUAAAUCAUGUGUUGGACUCA